AUGACUAUCACCUUGUCGCGUCUUGUUUUUGUCACUGCGCUCUCACUGACCCCUGCCCACCGAUUCAGAUCGCCUCCAAAUUCCAAGCGCAUCAAGACCUCCGCCGCCACCAGCGCACCUCCACAUCUCCUCGCCCAACAACAACAACAACAGAUCCAUCCCUUCCAGCGCAUGACCACCUUUGAAGGCAUCCCCAUCCCGAACGCUCCUCUCCCUCCUCAGACAAAUCAAUCUCAGUCGCGCAAACGGCAAUCCUCCCCUGGCAGCGGUCCUUCCACGAUGAUGGCCACUCCCAUGACUCCCGCGGGCGGCGCGAUGGAAGGUGACCCCAACGCCAUGCCUGUUGCGGCGGAGUCCACGCCCAAGAAGAAGGGACGAACCAACACUCCAUGGACUGCAGAGGAAGAACAGAGGCUAAAGACGAUGCGCGACGCGGGCCGGAGCUGGAAUGAGAUUGCCAAGACCUUUCCCACUCGAACGGAAGGGAGCGUGAAGAAACACUGGUACAAGGACAUGCAUUACGCAGAGUUUGCGGAAGACGAGGUACGCGGCCCUUACUUUCUUCCAGACGCCGCUGACCCGGGUACGCAGUCCAUAAAGCUCCGCGAAGCCAUCAAGGAAUACGAGGCCAACAAGUGGAAGGUUAUUGGUCAGAAAGUUGGCAAGCCAGCGAAGGCCUGCGAACAAUAUGCCAAGGAGCAUUUCAAGAACCUCUGA